AUGGGAGGUGAUCUUAACGUGAAGAAGAGCUGGCAUCCAGUGCUGCUCAAGAACCAAGAGCGAGUAUGGGUUGAGCAGAAGAAAGCGCUCGAGGAGCGCAAGCGGAUCGACCAGAUGAUGAAAGAGCGCCAGGAAGAGAGGCAGAUACAAGAGCUACAGGAGAUGCAAGAGGCCGCUGGCGGCAAGAAACGUUUGAACCGUGUCGACUGGAUGUACUCUGGUCCUGCUGCCGGACAGGCUGGCACGACAGAGGAGAUGGAGGGAUACCUACUGGGCCGAAGACGAAUUGACGGACUGCUCAAGGGAUCCGAGAACUCGAAGCUGGAGAAGGCCGCGCCGGAGGAAUCGUUUAUGAUGGCUCAGAACGCGAACACGGCGAGGGAUACCGCGGCGAAGAUCAGGGAGGACCCCAUGCUGGCCAUCAAGAAACAGGAACAGGCUGCUUAUGAGGCGAUGAUGAAUGAUCCGGCUCGGCGGAGGGCGUUGCUGAAGGCUGCUGGAGUGGAUGAGGAUAGGUCAUCAGCGCAUACGGAGAAAGAGAGAAGACACCGACGACACAGGCAUAGGGACGAGCGUGAUCGUGACCGGGACCGGGACAGAGAUCGUGAUCGAGAUGAGGAGAGACGGUCGAGUCGCAGGUCAAAGAGACACCAUAAUGAAGAUGACCGACGAAGCCGACAUCACCGAAGGGAUCGUUCGCGCAGUGCCUCACGCAGCCGUUCACCACCGCCACCACCGUCAUCGUCACGAAGAUACCACCGUUCACCUUCACCCCAUCGCCGACGGCGGUCAUUUUCACCUCGCCAGCGAGAUAGAGACAGGGACAGAUCACGGUCGCCAUAUCGACGUCGUGAAGAAGAAGAGCCGUCCAGGAGGCAUGCCAGUACCUACCGAAGUCACCGGUCUACUGGCCCGCGCCGUCCCAAGCCAGAGAUCCAUCAAAGCCGUCCUCCCCAGCCGUCGCAUGCUGAUCUAGAACGAGACCGUGCAGCACGCCUUGCAGCUAUGCAACAGAACGCAAACGAGCUUGAUGAAGAGCGCACGCGACGUAUCAGCGCAGCAGAAGAACGAGACAAGGCCGAGAAAGAGGCGGAAGAGGCAGCUCGAGCAGAGUCGAGCAAGUAUGGCGGACGGGGUGCCUUUGUCAACAACAUCCACCGAAAGGCGGGAGACAUCGAUCUAGCAGAUCGACUUCAGCGAGGCAAGAAAAACCUCGAAAAGGAACAGGAGGCUUACUGA